CAGUAUCUUGCUAAUAUCGGAAUUGGCACACCUCCACAACAAUUUAAUGUGAUUCUAGAUACUGGAAGUGCUGAUUUAUGGGUUGCUAGCGAGUGCUGUCCAUCAACAAUGUGUCACUCUAAACGAUUUGACAGCUACGAGUCAUCUACCUACAAGGACUUGAAUAAAAAAUUUCAUGUACUGUAUGGAAGUGGUGAAGCACUAGGUGAAUUUGCUACGGAUGUAGUUACAUUAGCCGAUGUUAAAGUUAAAAAACAAAUAUUUGCGCUAGCUGAUGAGACAGAAGGAGUAUUACGUAAUGAAAAGGUAAAUGUGACUACGGCUCAUAAGAAGGGUGAAUCAUCUGUGGUUCGUGUUGAUGGUAUUCUAGGUCUUGCUUACCCAAAGUUAACUACACGAGUGAAAGGAAAAGGACAUUAUGACCCACUUCUUUUUAACAUGAUGAAGCAAAAGUUGAUCCCAGAUGAAGUGUUCUCUAUCUAUAUGGGAUUUAAUAGGACCCAUAAUGUUGUAGGAUGGAAUGGUGAAUUAACUUUAGGUGGUUCAAACACUGAUUUGUAUACAGGAGACAUUGAAUAUGUUUCAGUUAUAUCUCAAAAGAAAAAGAAGAAGUCCUAUAAAAUGUGGCAAGUCCUCACUCAGGGUAUCUCUAUGACAAAGAGUACAGAGAAUCACAAGGUUUUAGAUAUCAAGUUGAAAGGGCCUCGUCGAACAAUCAUUGAUACUGGUACCACUUUAUCUUACGUUGAUAUGGAAUUUGCUAAAGAAACAUUAAGUGCUUUAACAGGCCAAACAUCAUUUAUCAUCACUCGUCCAGGAGGUCUCUUUCUUAUCGAUUGUGAAUAUCGUAAUUCAGAUGCUCGUUUACAAUUUGUCUUCAAGACAUCUAUGAAGAAGAAGUCAGCCUCUGUAACUGUGGAUGUACCUGUAUCAAGUUUAAUUUAUCCUUUAAAUACAAAUGAUCUAUCUACUGCUACAACUUGUGGCUGGGGUAUUAUUGGAAAAGCUGUGAAUGAUGGUGAUGAUGAAGAUGCAGGACUAUUCUUAUUUGGACAAAGUUUCCUUAGAAACACGUAUAUUACUUUUGACGUA